UUCUGUCAUAUCCAGUGAAAUAAUGACUGCCAGUUCUAGCCCGGGCAAGUACGCAGUUUACGUGCCUCGUUGUGAGCGAUACUCGCCGUUUUGAUUUGGAUAAUGUGAUCUUGUGCAUCGACUAUAGUUUUUCCUUUUGGAUUUUUCCUACAACGUGGUCAAUAGAUCUAAAUUGGUGCCAUGGAGCAAAGCAUAGUUGCUUUCCUCCUCACUUUUGUUACACUUUUCACAUCAGAGUUAAAUGCUCAAUUCUCUCAGAUCCGGUCGGAGAUUCCUGCAGCACUACUCGACUGCUACAGGUAUCCGGAGCUCCUCCAGAGGGAACACCUCCUGCCGAUGACCACCAAUGUCCUCAUCGCACUCAUCAGGAAAAUCGAGCGCUAUCAGGGCACCAAUUUAGACGCUCGUACCACUUCCCUCGGCCUAAUUCACAAAUUUCGAAUUGACGGCAUCGAGAGACAGCCAAAUGUUGAGCACACAGAGCACAUUAUACCUUACGCGACAAAGAGGCCGGAAUUCUUUAAGCAAAAAUUACUGCUCGAAAAAUUCCUGCCAAGCAGAUAUGAUGUUCUUUUAGACAGCCUGAGUCUAGUUGAACGGUGCUCUCUACACUGGAUGAUGAGUAACUCGGUAGAUCCGUGGGAGCGAGGCGAUGAAUCCUUCACCUGCAGUCGCAUCCAGACAGGUGAGUACCGAGAAGGGGGCAGAUUCCGACGGUCCCCGAAACCGAUCCCUGGGGACCCCGCCGUGCAGCAGAGCUGGGACCCCCUCGCUUCCAGGGAUCGAGACCCCCUUGGCUCCCGGGACCAGCAGUACUCCAGAGACUCCUCCUUCUCUAGAGAUCCUCUUUCUCGGGACCAGCAAUACUCAAGGGAUUCCCAGUACCAGAGGGACUACGAAGGAGCCCUCAACCGGGAACCAUCUUGGGAUGCUGGCUUCAGACAACAGCAGCCGCAGCAGCAACCUCAGGACCCUCAAGUCUUCCAACGGGAUCCAAGCUACACAGGGAGUAGUUUUGGAUCAAGAGUGAAUCAGGGGAACUACGAAAUUCCGUACAAUCAGGCUGGACUCAGUACAUGCCCCACCGAAAACGGUGUCUUAUUCAGCAAAUAUGGGGCUUACAAGGCUGGUAUGGUGAUAGCAGGAAUAGCAGCCGGACUCCAGCCGCAGAACGUGACGCUGGGCAACGUGCUUUCCAGCCGGGAGCCCUUCGGUGGCCGCGGCACGAGCAGCCUCUACCAGCAGCAGCGCCCGGGCUCCGUGUAUCGAAGUCAGCAGCAGUAUGGACUCUCCAUCGACAACAGAUGGGCCGCCACAGUUGCAGGUGAAAUAGCUCUCAUGGUGCUGCUGAAGACACCGACUGGUUUGCCGAGCAUGCGCGUGGGUUUGAGUGGCGGAUGGAAUGACACUUGUGUGCCCAAAUGGUAUUUCCUUAGAGAACCUUACCACGAGACCAUUACCGACACACAAGUCCGUGGAUCAGUCGAUGGUAUCGUGCUAGCUUACAAAAUGAACGACAUCACCAGGAUUGACAAUACGAUCAAACUUUCACAGAUUCUGGACAUGUACUACUCUGAGCAAGGAGUGUUCGAUUCUUUGAUCAAUGCUGGAAAUCGGGCUCAACUUUUCGCCAGUCUAGCUCCACCGUCUUACGUCCAAGACCAGUCGUUCAACUUCGCAUUAAGUUUGAACCCGGAACUGCCAUCAUCUGUCUCAUUUGCUGACAACAAUAUCAUCAGCACUGCAACGCAAACUGUUGCAUCUAGCUUUAGCGGUUACCUAGCCAAUUUGUCGCCUCGGUCUCAGCAACAAGGAUACAGAACCGGGCCGCAGCCAGAGAGCGUCGUCGAUCUGUACCUGGUCCUCGACUUCAUGUGGGAGUUUCUAGAGGCUCGCAGGAUCCUCACAUAUUUGGUUGACCAGUUCGACAUCAGCCCGCAGAGCAGCAGAUUCUUCCUGGUUAAUGGACGGGAUGGCAACAUAGUGAUAAACGCAACUUAUUCUUGCUUGGAUUUCCAUCUCAAUUUCACAGAAAACGCAUACCGAGCUCAACCGACGGGCUAUGACCAGCUGCGAGUGCUCAUGGAGCUGCGGCAGCACUUCAAAUGGCGCAUGGACGUAGACCGAAUCAGCAACCAGGGCGGUGGAUCGCCGCGCGUCGUUCUCUUCAUGCCCCAUGUCACUUCCGUCACUUAUGACAAAGACAGAGACGACCUAUGGAGUAUCACAGAGGACUUCAGGCGAAACCUUCCAGAUGUGCAUUUUAUAACUACUGGUGCCAAAGACAGGUCCGGUCUCAGUUUGUAUGAUGACUACAAAGACGUGUUCACUUUAUACCUAGCAGAUCUGCGCGGCUCCGUGGAGCCGAUUGUAAAUAGGAUUAAUCAGAUGCCAAAAAGAAUCAUCAACCCUCUAUGCGGAGCCAACUGGUAUGCUCAAAGUUGGUCGGUUCCAAGAAAUACCUACUUCAACUAUAUAGGCACCAACAGCAUCCAGUAUUUCAGAUUGCAUCCCAACUACUUCUUCAACUCGGAGGUGUUCAGAAUAAAGGUGCAAGGCUUCGGGUAUGGCAUGAUAAACGUGUGCCAUAGUCGGACGAAUGAGCGACCCUCGGCGAAUAGCACCUACUUGCAGGACAUCACGUGUCGACAGAUCAACACGGACUCGUACAUCAUCGAGAUCGGAGAGCCGUGCGUCGAUUUCGACUACGCCAUCCAAUGUCCACCGCUCUUCAUCUCCGUUGCCUCCGGUCGGCCCACCAUCCAACAAGCCUUCAGAUGCAACGAGGACAAUUGCAGAAACCCAGCUCAGAUCAAAUUCUCCAUCAGCUCAGAGGGUCUCACGUGCCACAGCGGAGCGGCGUCCAUGAAAAUUCACCCUCACUCAGUCAUCUUCGCCACUCUUGCGUCCCUUCUUGUGUUCUUUUCGAAAUCAAAAUUAGUUUAAGAACUUGGUAAUAGACAGCGGCAUGUAAAUCAUUCAUUACGUGCCUCAGACUUGGUCGAUGUUCCAUCUAGUAAUAUGAAGCUUGAGAAUGUGCUUAUGUGUUGUGAUCUCUGCCGAGUGACUAGAGAAGUCCUCGCAGUGUGACGUUUGAGUAAAGUGUGUCAUUAUGCUGUUAUUCCGCAGCUACAUCUCAAGUGAUAGUUUUCUUCCUUCAAUUUAAUGUCAUGUUACCUUGUAUCGAUCUCUCUUCUACCGUUUUUCCUUGGGUCGUUUUUUUAAGUACGAAUGCAUAUUCCGAUUGCAUUUUGGAACAGACGCACCCUAGUAAUGAAGGGGGGGGGGGUUAAUUAUAAUGAAUCCGUCCAGCAAAAGCACCCCUAGCGGAUGAAAAAAAUGAUCGACGUAUGGACUGAAUUAAACAGAUAAGAACCAAGUCACAUUUUAGGGGGAAUAGUAGUGAGAGAUGAUAGUUUUAAAUGGCCACAAAUUUUCUUUUGUCAAAAUCCAAACGCGAAGAUAAAUAUUUUGAACGCAUCUCUGACUAGUAACUAUCCUAGCAAGUUAGUGACGCUAUCUUUCGUCUUUUAUCUAUUGAUUCUAGAUAACAUAGAAUGCUUCAAAUGCUUCAUCUAUAUAUGUAAAAUCAACGGUUUUGAUGGCUUUCAUUAAAUGGACAAAAGAUAUGUUGCUAACUUUCAAGAGUAGCCACUGUCUUUGGCACUGAGUUUAGUGGAGAAAUAAAACUUUGAAGCUCUGAUCCUUUCUUUUAUUCCAGGAUUACUUGGUAGUCUCUCUGUUGAACGCAAUUAUUAUUUGUAACACAUGCGAUAAUCAUCUACUACGCCUGCCAUCCUUUUCGAAACACGUAAUCCAAAUAGACUAAUUGAAAAGAGAAUUGAACCUUCAGAUUUUUGUAAUAAAACGCAUAUCUUCUAGAAUAAUUCAGAGUGGUCCAUAAGUCCCGUACAGCUCGCAACAGGCAUCAUCCUAGCGUGUAAAUUUUGAGCAAAUUGAGUCAGAACCUUAUAAUUUUGUGAGUACUCUUAAGUCAAAAGAAACAACUUUCGGGAUUCCCCAAAAUUUUUAAGGGGGGCAAGAACCUAAGUGGUUUCAGGGGUGGUGCAGGACUUUUGGAUCACCCUGUGUACUAAAACAAACAGGGAAGCAGACGUAUGUCUAAACCUUGUAAUAGCUGUUCUUCACGAUUUCCUGCGAUCCUUAAAAUGCCAAAAAACCAACGCAGUGUAUGUGCUUUUUCUUUAGACUUGGUUUUUCAAAGUUCCAAGCCCAGUACAAAAAAUCAGCACUGAGUUCCCCUGCUUUCCAGCAAUAUGGUAACUGGUCGCCUCAAAAAAGUUUAAACUUAAAAUGUUGCUUCAGCGGCAAGUUCAAAUCCAAUUCGAACUGAGGAUGUACGGUAACUAAUUUUAGACUUAAAUUUAAAUUUCUUAUCCUAAAAUUCCCUAUGAAAUGUGACGUUGCCUGUUUAGCGCAAAUGCGCGCGAGAUGACUCAAAACUUCGAGGCAAGACCACAGACCACAGGUUUGAAUAAUUGCCCAAGAUGACCUCAAAACUCCUAGCUCGAACAGACUACAAUCCAAAGAAUCUGAAGAUGUAUCUCUUUAUCUUCGUAGGGAGUUUAAGGGAGACCGCAGGGUGAAUCCUAGUACACCAUGGGGAGGCUUGUUUACAGGAGUCUCAAUGAAGCCAUGACGAAAUCAUCACCGCGUAUUACCCUCCUGUUUAAAUACCUACCUCUAAAGGUCCAGAACCGGCGGAGAGUUUGACUGCCGUUUCGAAGAUCAAUUGAAUCAAGUUCAUAUACUUGAAUAUUUCUACUUUUUAUACAGUUUUGUAAUUCAUUUUAGGUUUAAAUUGCGUGAUUAUUAAUUCAUAUUCAUUUUUUGUAAAAUAAAAAUGGUACAAAAGUCAA